CCCCCGCUCUGGGCGCCGGAAGUGGAGGUCGCCAUGGUGGCGGCCCCGGUGCGGCUGUGGGUGCGGACGGAGCCGUUCCUGCUGGGCCCGCUGCCCGUCCCGCCGCCCGCCCGCCUCGGGCCCCACUACCUGCGGAAGAUGGCGGCCUACGUGCGGGCGCGGGCGGGCGAGGGCUGCUUCCCGCGGCUGCGCUGGCCCCGCUGGCGGCACAUCGCCUGCGGGAAGCUGCAGCUGGGCCGCGGCCUGGCCUGGCUCUACUUCCAGCUCUUCCACAGCCUCGCCCGGCGGGACCCGCCGCGCUGCCUCGAGUGGGCUGAGGCUGAGGCGGCUUGUGCGAGCGCCGAGGAGCUGGAGCGGGAGAGGAGCAAGCUGUCGGUGGACACCCUGCAGUUCCUGCUCUUCCUCUAUGUCCAGCAGCUGAACAACGUCUCUCUGCGACGGUCCCUGAUCGGAGAGGAAUGGCCCAGCCCCAGGACCAAGUCUCCCAGCCUGACUGGAAAACCCACCAGUGAGAACAAGAACUGGAACGACCAGGAGCACCUUGCCUUCGUGCAGAGCCACCUCUCGGCGAUGCUGGAACUGCUGCUGGAUCCGGAGCAGCUCUCGGGCUCCUCCCACUGUUCCCACAGCAGCUCCGUGUCCUUCCAAGCCGUCUGUGCCCUCAGUUUCCUCCUGGAAGGAACGCUCAGCAAGUCCCGGGCAGUCCUUCCUCUCCAGGAACUGGCCCUUUGGCAACCCUGCCAGAGCCUCAACGGCUUCUCCAGGAGCUCCAAAACCUUCUCCUUCCCCAAGCUGGAGAGCUGGUUGAGGUCCUGUCUGACAUCAAACCCUUUUGGAAUGACUGCCUGCCUCAAAGCUGGGAAGAAACUGGCCUGGGCUCAACAAGUUGAAGGCACAACCAGGAGAGCCAAGAUAGCCUGCAGUGCCUGUGUGGUGCCCGAGGUGUCCCCCAUGGUGAUGAUGAGCCAGGUGUACAAGCAGACCCUGGCCAAGAGCUCAGACACCCUGGUGGGAUCUCACGUGAGGAUCCAUCGCUGCAACGAGUCCUUCAUUUACCUCCUCUCUCCUCUCAGAUCUGUGACCAUCGAGAAGUGCCGGAACAGCACGUUUGUCCUUGGCCCUGUGCAGGCAUCUGUUCAUGUCCACAACUGUGACAAUGUCAGGGUCAUUGUGGUCUGUCACCGUUUGUCCCUUUCUUCCACCACUGGCUGUACCUUCUACAUCCUGACCCCCACCCAGCCUCUCCUCCUCCCUGGCAACCACGCCGUCAGCUUCGCCCCUUUCCACACCCAUUAUCCCAUGCUCGAAGACCACAUGGCUCAGGUGGGCUUGGCCACACUGCCCAACCACUGGGACAACCCCAUGCUGGUGGGGAAGGAGAGUGGGGACACCAGUGUCUUCCGCCUGCUGCCACCCGUGGACUUCUACACCUUUGUGAUUCCUUUUGAGAUGGAAGGAGACACCACGGAGACUCCGGGGGAGCUGCCUCCAGCCUAUCGGGAGGCUCUGAGCCAGCAGGAGCAGAAGGUCCAGAUCUGGCAGAGAACAGUGAAGGAGGCAGGUCUGACCAAGGAUCAGAGGAAACAGUUCCAGAUGCUGGUAGAAAACAAGUUCUAUGAAUGGCUGGUUCAGACAGGGAACCGUCAGCAGCUGGACAGCCUUGUCCCUCCUCCCCUGGGCUCCAAGCAGGCAGCAGGAUAACAUCAGUUUCCUGGGCAGGAAAAGGCAGGGAAGGAGUUCUGGAAAACAGGCAGUGAUAAACUGAAGACCCUUUUCAUUAAGACUUUGUGACCAUCCUGAACACAUUUGAUGUGGACCUGACUCCCAGCCCUGGUGGGAACUGGAUUGUGUGGUUGGGGAUUUUUCAUCUGCUUUCCCAGGAAUGUGUGACUGUUGUGGGGGCACCUGAGAAAGUGCCUGUCACUAGAGGAUGAUGAAGUACCCCUUGUUGCAGGUGCCUUGGUGGGCACCUCAUGGUUAGUGCCCAGCAGAGGAGCCCAUCCUGGUGCAGAACUGGAUGCAGGGCCCUGACUCUCACCUGCAUCUUUAUGGUACGAGCCAGCUGCACUCUUCUAAAUGUGGAAAAAGAAAUGUUUCUCCUGGUUUUUAUGAAGGAAAUUCAAUGAGAUUUGGAUUUGAGAGUGGCACUUCGUGUGAUUUUAUGAAAUGAACUUUUUUUUUGCUGUGCUCAUGUUGUUUUGACAAAUGUCAAUAAACCAGUUUUCAGAGAA